AACACUAGGCGGCAGCAGUCAGCCAUCUACCUCCAUAGGAAGAGGAAGACCCUGCAGGGUGAACCAGGAGGGGGUGUCCAUUUUAUUUACACUUGAGAGAUAGCUUUGUUAACUGAUAAUCGGCUUCUCUUUAGUUAUAAAAGUUAAAAAACAGGUCUUUAGAGAUGAGCAGUUCGGAAGAAGUCUCGUGGAUUUCGUGGUUCUGUGGACUGAGGGGAAAUGAAUUUUUUUGUGAGGUGGAUGAGGACUACAUCCAGGACAAGUUCAACCUGACAGGCCUCAAUGAGCAGGUUCCUCAUUACCGCCAGGCCCUGGACAUGAUCUUGGACCUUGAACCAGAUGAAGAGCUGGAGGAUAAUCCCAACCAGAGUGACCUGAUCGAGCAGGCGGCUGAGAUGCUUUACGGCCUCAUCCACGCACGCUACAUCCUCACUAACCGGGGCAUUGCACAGAUGCUGGAGAAGUACCAGCAGGGAGACUUUGGAUACUGCCCACGGGUAUAUUGUGAGAAUCAGCCCAUGCUUCCUAUCGGCCUGUCAGACAUCCCAGGAGAGGCCAUGGUGAAGCUCUACUGCCCUAAAUGUAUGGAUGUCUACACACCCAAGUCCUCCAGACACCACCACACAGAUGGGGCUUAUUUUGGCACUGGGUUCCCCCACAUGCUCUUCAUGGUUCACCCCGAGUACAGGCCCAAGAGGCCCGCCAACCAGUUUGUCCCACGCCUGUACGGCUUUAAGAUCCACCCCAUGGCCUACCAGCUGCAGCUGCAAGCCGCCUCCAGCUUCAAGAGCCCCGUCAAAGCUAUCCGCUAGGAGCGUGGAAGCAGGUGGAACGAGGAGGAAUGUGGUGAAAGGAAAGUCAGGAAUGAAACGUAUGGAGAGGGGUCACCUGAAUUUUCCACAGCUCCCCAGAUGCCCCCUCCCCAUCAUGAAGACUGUAUUAUUUUUGAGUUAGAUUAGCCCAUAUGGGGGAAAAAGGGUAAAGAUUUAGGUGUGAGCGAGACAGAAGAAUAAAACACACACAGCCAUGAUUAUGGUGAGAGACACACACACACACACACACACACUGAAAGAGCCACAAGCUUUAGGUGUACCAUACCGAACUCAUCCGUGCCAAAAAGAGAAGGUCAGAGGAAGCUGAGGAACCAGACGGGCCGUUUGGCACUACAGUUUAUUUUCCUUGUUAUAUUCAGUUGAUUGAUGGACAGAAAGUUUAAAAAGUGCAAUGUGUAAGCCAGCUUUCAGCCCUGGCUCUCUGCUGGUUCUGUAUUUGAUGAAAGGUGGUAAACCCUUCUUGGUAAGCUUCCUCUCCCCUUCGAGCUCAGGCUGACGCUCGGAAACACAGUUUGGAUGCUGCUGGCGGGUGGUUUUUCUUCAUCACUCAUUUAAACUGAAAAAAUUAGGAUAUUUCUGGGGCAGGCGUAUGGGACUUUGAGUUAAAUUUGCCUUAAGGUACAGAAAAAAAUUGAUUGUUUAGGAAAAAGAGACAAAUCUGACUUUCUGAAUCGUCAAGCAAUUGUAAUUUCUGACCCUGUGUAAAUUCUCCUGCUGUCUGUGCAUUUGUGUAAGCAGCCGUCUGUAUUCGUAUCAAUAAAAACGCCUCCUUCCUCAUGCCCCAGCAGCAGAUUUAUAGUCAGAUUCCUUCCCUGCAGAAAUAGUUUGACGUCUGAAGAGCGAAUCGGACUCAUGUACCCCUAACACCCUUUGUGUUUAAUCCAUCCAGAAAGUGAACAUGUAAAGGUGAAAUGGUUUCUAGGUCGUCCUGUUUCCAUCUAUGAUGAAACAGUUUAUAUGUUUAUAAGACAUUAAGCAGGUUUUUUCCCCAACGUCUAACAAUAACGGGUCUAAAGUGGAUAUUAUUAAUUGCAUCCCAGUUUGAGACAGUAAAACUGGGUCCCUGACAGUUGAUUCACUCAUUUUCAAAGAUAAGUUUGGAAAGAAGACUGUUUUUUUUCCUGGAUCGAUGAUGGUUUGGUUGCUCGAGUUACCGAGAGCAAACCCACCAUUAAACGUGUAAUCAAUGAAGAAAAAGGUUCAUUUUGCAGUUUUUUUCUUUGGCUGGUAGCUCUUCUCACAGUGUCUUCAUGUGAAUGUGUAGUCCUUCAUCUGGGUCUGGAUCAGAACACAAAAUGUUUUUGGGGAGUUUUAUGAACCAAAAACAUCAAAGAUGACAAACUGAUUGAAAUAACCGGUAGGAUACUCCACUUAUGAGUUGUACAAACCUUAAUAUUCCCGAUGUUGGAGUUGAUCUGUCGUGUAAAUUCCAGAGAAAGGUCCUUUUCACCCACUAAUGAAGCGGAUGUUCACUUGUUUAAUGAACUUGUGGAAAAGGCAGACAAUAAAAUGCUCAGAAGGUUACAAAAACUGAUGAAAAUGUAGUGAAAGAUGUUAUAGAUGCUAAAUUUUGUGGAAUUCCUGCUGGAAUGCUGAUAUGAGUUCAAAUGAACAACCUAAAUGAUUUGUGGGGUUUCAGGAGUUUUUGGGUCAGGCGCCAUUACAGUUUAUUUUAGGUGGUAGUAUCUGGUCCCUUCUUAUCAUCAUAACGCCCAAAUCUCACUAAUAAUCCAUUUGUAUGUUCAUCAAAGGGUUUAUAGUACAAACCUUUCCUAUUGAUUAUGGUUCGGAUCCAUGUUUGGACCAGUUAACGGUAGAUUAUAGCCCACAAUCAAACCUAAAAGUGACCUGUUUUAAGCUGGUAAUGUGUGGGUUUUGCUUCUUAGGUUGUACUUUCAUAACAGAAACAAUGUGGUGCCACAUUAACAAACUACAUGAAGGCAUUCGGAUCUCCUUGAGGAUCUUGGGAGAAAAAAUGUUUUUCCUUCAAAACUAUUUAGUUUUUGUGUCAUAAGUUGGUUUUUGUUACAUUCACAGCCAGGCUUUCACUCACUAGUUGCCUACAUAACAGUGGUAGAUUACGUCUCAUAAACAAUGUAACAAAAUGUCAAACUAUUUCUGAGGAGUUGGACAGUCUGAACCCUUCCGCUCGCUCCUCUGCUGCACUGAUCCGAUUCUAGUUUCUCCUCUGCGUUUAUUUAUGUUCAGCUGCAGAGACGGACUCCAUCACCUGACUGCGUUUAGUUGUUUUUGUUUUUUUUUUUUGGCUUUUAUUCCAGUUUUGAUAGACACUCAACAGGCCUCCCCCUUUUUUUUUGUGUGACUGCAACAGAUUUUCCUUUGUGAGGCUUCAUGAACAGGAGAAACUGUAUUUAUGUCUGGAUUUUAACUGAUGUUUGUGCUGUGUUUGUGCGACUGUGGAAGGUGAGCAGGAUUCGGAAACUCAAUAAACUUCUAUUUUCUUUUCAA